UCUGAGUGUGCAAUACACACACAGAUGUGCAAUGGAGCUAUUCAGUGUGAUUAUACAUGCUGUUUCCCUAAGCUUUGUACUGGCUGGAGCUGGGGUACACUGGACAUAUAAAGAGGGUUCUAUGGAUCAGAUCCACUGGCCAGAUGAGUAUCCUGCGUGCGGUGGCCGCAAACAGUCUCCCAUCGACAUCAAGCGGCGCAACGUGAGGUUCAACCCACACAUGCUACAGCUCGAGAUGACCGGAUAUGGCGAGAUGAAGAACGGCAAAUUCCUCAUGAUCAACAACGGACACUCGGUCCAAAUUAACCUUCCACGGACUAUGGUGAUAACAAAGGGCUUGCCAAACCAAUAUACAGCUGUUCAAAUGCACUUACAUUGGGGUGGACGGGACCUGGAAGCCAGUGGUUCUGAACAUACGCUGGAUGGCAUCCGUUAUAUGGCAGAACUCCAUGUGGUGCACUACAACUCUGAUAAGUACACGAGCUUUGAUGAGGCCAAGGAUAAACCUGAUGGUCUGGCAGUGUUGGCCUUCUUUUAUGAGGAUGGUCACUUUGAGAACACAUACUACAGCGAUUUCAUCAAUAACCUGGAAAAAGUCAAAUAUGCAGGGCAGUCCAUGUAUAUUUCGACUCUAAAUGUCCGUUCCAUGCUGCCUGAGAACUUCGCUAAUUUCUUCAGAUACGAGGGCUCUCUCACGACUCCACCAUGCUACGAGAGCAUUCUGUGGACUGUGUUUGAUACCCCCAUCACCCUGUCUCAUAACCAGAUCAGGAAGCUGGAAAGCACUCUUAUGGACCUGGAAAAUAAAACCCUGUGGAAUGACUACCGUAUGGCACAGCCUCUCAAUGACCGAGUGGUAGAGUCCUCAUUCCUCCCUCGCAUGACCAAAGGCACAUUUUGUAGGCAAGACGAGAUUGAGGAAAAGCUUUUAAAUAUUGAAGGCAUGAUUACCUCUCUUGGAAAGCACAUAUACUCAGAUGGUGCUAUUAGGCCUAACAGAAAAGAAACACAGAUAUUCCCACUAGUGCUUUACUUCUCUGCAAACCAGCUAGAGAGUUAUGCUCUGAUAAAACUGGCUCAGCCAAUGAACCUGCACUCCUUUACAGUGUGCAUGAACUUACGUAUGCACUUACGUUCUGUGCAAACCGUGCUUUCCUACUCCACCCCCAAAAAUGAUAAUGAGCUCAUGAUCACUAUGGGCUACGAGGUGGGGCUCUGGAUUGGGAAUGAGUUUGUCAACCUUCCCCAUGAGAUGCGUCCCAAUGUCUGGGCACAUUACUGCGUGACUUGGGCUUCACACACAGGAGGGGCGGAGCUCUGGGUGAAUGGUGUCGUUGGAGAGGAGCAGUACCUGCGAGCAGGCUACACCAUUCCCCCCAGUGGUGACCUCAUCCUAGGAAAGGACCAGGAUGGCUUCUUGGGAAUCUCUGAUUCGGAUGCAUUUGUGGGCUACAUGACUGAUGUGAAUAUAUGGGAUUAUGUGUUGGGUCCUGAAGAGAUCCAGGAGGAGAUGAAAUGUGAAAGAAAGUCAGGGAAAAGCAAUGUGCUGAAUUGGGGUGUCACUCGCAUGAAUCUGUAUGGAGGAGUCCAGCUGGAGACUGAACACAGGUGCUCCUGAUCCAAACCUAUUAAGCUCUUCUGAAUGGCCUGAAUAACACAUUGUUGAUGUUUCCUCUCUCUGACUAUUCAUAGGAAAUGUUUUUAAAAUAAAGUAACAUAUGAGAUA